CUUCGCACCUCCAGAUCCUUCACCCGUCAAGAGUCUCCAAAAGACCCAGAACCUCUGACCCGAUCCCAAAGGGCAAAUACCUUUCAGAAUGGCAGCAAUAGGCAGGCUACCAAGUCAGAACAAGAUGCCUUUGAUGCUGCUGAGUCGGACGACCCAAUCGAGCCCCCACGAGCAUCCGUCGAUCUAGACGACAUACCCAUAGAACUCGUUAGCAAGAUAGACAACUUCAUCGACGGGCUGUCGGCUAAAGUCCAUAACGCUCCACCCAACAUUGACAACAUAUCACGGCGCUUUCAAGACUUUUACAGUACUGCAGCCCACCACAUUCAGACACAUAUAGCCAGUCUCUCUACGCUUCAGAACCGAACGCAACGACCCUCUGUAACGGCCAGGCCGUCGGCAGCGAGCAUCCUUAGAGCGAAAGCUGCUUCGUUAGGCAACAAAGAGAAGACUAAGAACACAGCCGCAAUAGAAUCCGAGCAGCAAAUGGUCACAUCCGAAGAAUUAGCAGAAAGAAAGAAGGCUAGGAAGGCUUUAGAGCAUAAAAGGGUUCUCCUCGAAGAGGCUGUUGAGAGGCGUUUGUGUGAAGGUAUCUACGAUCGGAUAUAUCGUCACAGAACCACACAGGAUGAGGCACAGGAUGACAAGCUCCGGUCCAAGACAGCUGCCCUAGCUAUGGUUGGCAUCGGACCUACAGACCUCGGUGUCAAGAUUGGCGAGCUUCCCGAGGGCAAUAUCGCAGCAGUAGCGAAGAAACAGGAGGAAAUCUGCCAGUUUCUGGAACAGGCGCGGAAAGAUUUGACCACCAUGAGCGAGAAAAGAUAUCCAUUGGGCAAACUGAACUACCUCAAGGCCGCACACAAGAGCAUCGUUGAUACGCUAUCGAUCUUCCACCCUUCUUCAUCGGCUGAUGAAAUCAUGCCUAUGCUUAUCUAUACUCUAAUCACCAUGCCGCCGGAGAAACUCAGUGUCAUUAGCGAUCUGAAGUUCAUCGAAAGAUUCCGCUGGGAAGAAAAGGUUGAGGGUGAGGCAUCUUACUGCCUUACCAACCUGGAAGCAGCUAUAAAUUUCCUCGAGACAGUCGACCUGGCAAGUCUGCGGGCUAGUGAGGCGCUUUCGGGACCAUCCAAACUUGACGGCAGUCCGGGUACGUCAAAGGCAGAGACUUUUCCUCCAGCAUACACAGCUGGCCUCUCAGCGACCGCUUCGACGCCGGCGAUUAUUACUCCCGUUGAAGAGUCAGGCCUCAGAGCACCCCCGUCGCCCACAUUCGCCAAAACACUUGCCCAGCGUCGUCGGCUUAGUGACCUGAUACAGACGCCAGCGCAAGCCAUUGGUAAUGCCAGGGACUCUUUCUUCGAUUCGGCAGAUCAGGGUAUCAAGAAUAUAACCAACAGUCUUGGGGAUAGUUUCAACUUCUGGCGCGGAAGGCUUUUGGAUGACUCCUCUCACGGCGAGCUAGUGGUACCAAAAACUCUCGAAGACGCUAGGAAGCUCAUCGGAACGCCGCCCCCCGACGACGACGUAUCUGUGGAUGGUUCAGGCGCGCGUGAGAGUGACAUUCUAGCCGCUGGCAAGGAAGACAGAAUGCUCAGUCUAGUCGGAGGAAGGAAGGCCUCAGCUACCUCCAGAGAUCGCAGCACAGACAGCACUCGAAGUGCUCGUAGCGCAAGUAGUUCGAAGAAGGUCGUCUUUGCUACGGAGGAGAAUAAGGAGAAGCUCGUCACUCCUGCAAUCACUCCUGGGGGUUCAUCAUCAGCAUCGAACCCCAAUCUUGUUGAGCAAGCGAGGAAUCUAGGAAACUCGCUGAACCCGAUCAACAAAUUUUCUGGCAUGCUACGUCCGUUUGGCCGCUCGGUAACAACGCCUGCUCCAACAUCAACUCCGAGAGAUAGUGUUGCCAAGCCUGCGGACGGAGGCGACCUGGGUACUGCCUUCCCAGACAUCGCUGCAGCACUGCCGCCAAAAGACGUCAAGAUCCAGCAGAUUAAGCCUCCUAACAAGAGGUUCAUUGAGCUGCAAAACCCAGCAGACUUGAAACUUGGCGAGGUCCUCGAACUUCUCCGUGAUUAUAGGAGAUUAGCUGGCGCAUUAAAAGACAUGGGCGCUUUCAAGGAAACAUAG